AUGGCGCGGCCGUGGCCCGGCAUGGGGCCCCUCUGGGCGCUGGGCGGCGCGGCGCUGGGCAUCUGCCUCGCGGGGGUCGCCGGGCAGCUGGUGGAGCCCAGCACAGCUCCGCCCAAGUCCAAGCCGCCCCCGCUGACCAAGGAGACGGUGGUAUUCUGGGACAUGCGCCUGUGGCACGUGGUGGGCAUCUUUUCGCUCUUCGUGUUGUCCAUCAUUAUCACCCUGUGCUGCAUCUUCAACUGCCGUGUGCCACGUACCCGGAAGGAGAUCGAAGCCCGCUACCUGCAGCGGAAGGCGGCCAAGAUGUAUACGGACAAGCUGGAGACCGUGCCGCCACUCAAUGAACUCACAGAGAUCCCGGGAGAGGAGAAGAAGAAGAAGAAGAAGGACAGCGUGGACACAGUGGCCAUCAAGGUAGAAGAGGAUGAGAAGAAUGAGGCCAAGAAGAAGAAAGGGGAGAAGUGAGCAGUGUGUCCUGCAGGUGGCAGCAGGGUUGGCUUGCCCUGGAAUUCAGUCCACAGGCCAGCUCCCAGCUCAUGCACGGCCCCCAGCAGGCCAGAGGUGGAAGCCCACAGUUGUGUCCUCAGAGCCCAGCAGGCAUCUGCCCGGACCCCACUGCUCUCAUGCCCUCUUGUGGGCACUCUGCUCGGCAAAGGGGGCCCUGUGCCAUUGUCCCUCUGCAGAGCACACACUACAUUCCCCACCCAGACGGGCCUCUGUCCAACCUUUCUGCAAGGGACAGCAGUGGCUGUGAUCGAGUGGCCCAGUGUGGGACUCUGAGGUCACCCCCAGCUUGACUGUGAGCAGGAAGAACUGGGACAGCCGGGACAGGGGCCUCCGGCCGGGCCAGACAGCUACCAGGAGACUGCCCCUCCUGGCCAGGGUUCCAGCCCAGAGGAGCCAGAGAAAGGCUAUGGGAGCAGGGAAGAAACAGGGUCCUGGGCCUGCUGGCAUGCAUCCAGGGGGCCCUGUGGCUGUCCCCAUGCCCCUGUCCA